CACCCCCCAGCCAGGAGGACGCAGCGGCUCCCCCGGCAGUUCCUUCUUGAGGAGCGGAUGUGAGCAUCGUGUGGAGGACGAGCCCAUAAGGAGAACCCGGCAGUCCUGCUAAUGUUCCAUCGGCUGAGCAUCUAGCUGAAGCCUCCCCCAGCAGGUCACGUGGACAUGAUGCUCCCCCUCAGCCUGCUCCUCCCUCUCCUGCUGCUCUCUGGCUCCCCCGCAGAUACCACCAUGCAUGGGGAGGAAGCUGACUUUUAUGGAGAUGAAACCACGGGUUACGGGCCGGUUUUUGAGGAGCAGCCGGUGGACACCAUCUACCCCGAGGAGUCGCCCGAGGACAAGAUCACCAUGAGCUGCCGGGCACGAGCCAGUCCACCUGCCGCAUACAAAUGGACUCUGGACGGCGUAGAAAUCGACCCGAGCAGCGCCGGACACGAUCACUACGCUUUGUCGGGAGGAAACCUGAUCAUCAAGGAGCCCGUUAAAAGCCAGCAUGAGGGGAAAUAUUCCUGCUUAGCCAGCAACAUGUACGGGCUGGUCAUCAGUCAAGAGGCGUCGGUCCAGUUUGGAUAUUUGGACCUGUUCUCUUCAGAGGAAAGGGAGUCGGUGCACGUCAAGGAAGGUCAAGGGGCGGUUCUUCUCUGCGCCCCUCCUCCGCAUCAUCCAGCCGACCUGUCAUUCCGAUGGAUCCUCAACGAGUUCCCCAUCUUCAUCCUGCUGGACAACCGGCGCUUUGUCUCGCAAAUAACGGGCAACCUUUACAUCUCCAAGGUGGAGGCCUCAGACAGCGGCAACUACUCGUGCAUCGCAUCCAGCUCCUCCAUCUCCAAGAGCGUCUUCUCCAACUACAUCCCCCUGGUGCCCCACAGCGAACGUCCCAAUAAGAAGUACCCGGCUGACCUCCGAGUCAAGUUCCCAGACACAACAACUCUAGUGGGGCAAAAUGUCACUUUGGAAUGCUUCGCAUUGGGAAAUCCUGUGCCAAAGAUCCGCUGGAAGAAGUUGGACGGCGACCUGCCCCCCAACCACGAUGUGCGGACAUCUGAGGCGCACCUGCACCUGUACAACGUGCAGGUAGAGGACGGCGGUCCGUAUCAGUGUGAGGCGGUCAACUCAAAGGGAAAGGACUACCACAGUGCGCUUUUGUCCGUCGAAGCUUUUCCUGAGUGGGUGGAGCGCAUCCGCAGCACGGAGAAAGACCUCGGCAGCGACUACACCAUGUCCUGCUCAGCCAGGGGCAAACCUGAACCUCGCAUCCGCUGGAUGAAGAACGGAGAGCCAUUGGAGCAAAAGGAGAUGAGGUUCGUCAGCCUGAGGUUUGAGGACUCGGGGAUGUAUCAGUGCAUUGCAGAGAAUCACCAUGGAGUCAUCUUUGCCACCGCCGAGCUGCGUGUGUUUGCCUGCGCCCCCACAUUUCAACACAACCCCGUCAAACAAGUCCUGGCUCCACGAAACGGCCGGGUGGUGAUGGAAUGUCGACCCAAAGCGGCGCCCAGGCCCGGCAUCUCGUGGAGCAAAGAGACGGAACUGCUGAGCAACUCCAGCAGGGUGUUCAUUUGGGACGACGGCAGCCUGGAGAUCCUGAACGUGACUCGUGCAGAUGAGGGCAGGUACACCUGCUUCGCCCAGAACGACCGCGGCAAGGCCAACAGCACGGGCUCGCUGUCCGUAACAGACUCCACCAAGAUCACCUUGGCCCCCUCCAACGCUGAUGUCAUCGUGGGCCAGAACGCCUGGAUGCAGUGUGCCGCGUCACAUGACUCCUCGCUGGACAUCACCUUCAUCUGGUCCUUGGACGGACUCGCCAUUGAUCUUGACCAGCAAGGCCAGCACUAUGAACACCCCCCGAACGGGAGCUCCAGUGGUGAGUUGAUGAUCAAGAACGCUCAGUUGAAGCACGCUGGAGUCUACAGCUGCACCGCCCAGACACCUGUGGACUACAUCACUGCCUCCGCCAGCCUGCUCGUUAGAGGACCCCCCGGGGCCCCGGCGGGGGUGCGAGUGAGGGACAAAAGUGAGAGGAACGUAACGCUGCAGUGGAGCCGCGGAGCAGACAACCACAGCCCCAUCUCCAAAUAUAGCAUCCAGUGCAGGGACGCCUCCUCGCAGGAAGUGUGGAGGAACGCCAGCACAUUUCCAGCAGAUGUUGAAGGCAACGCAGAGACGGCCACCGUGGUGGAUUUGGUGCCCUGGACCGAGUACGAGUUCCGGGUGAUGGCCACCAACACUCUGGGCACGGGGGACCCCAGCAACCCCUCGCCUAAAGAGAAGACCUUGGCCUCACCUCCUGUGGUGGCGCCUUCAGAUGUGGACGGGGGCGGGGGGACGAGCAGGGAGCUGACCAUCACGUGGACGCCCGUCCAGGAGCAGUACUACUACGGUCCGGACUUUGGCUACAUCGUGGCCUUCAAACCCCGGGCUGGCUUGGAGUGGACGCAGGUGACCGUGUCGGAGCCACAGGCCAAGCGCUACGUGCACAAAGAUCCUUCCAUCCCUCCCUGGACCGAGUACCACGUCAAAAUCAAAGCCUUCAACGGCGAAGGGGAGGGGCCGUACAGUCUGACAGCGGUGGUCUACUCCGCACAAGAGGCGCCCUCUGACGCUCCUGCGAGUAUCGACGGCAAAGCUCUCUCGGCCACAGAAGCCAUCGUAUGGUGGCUCCCCAUCCCGCAGACCUACAUAGACGGAUACCAGGUGAAGUACUGGAGGAAGCAGGAAGACAGUGAAGGUGGGGCCCAUAGGGUCGUGGUCUCCGGCAAGGAAAACCAAACCAGACUAGACGGGAUGAAGCCGGACACCACUUAUCUCAUUGAGGUCCGAGGAUACAACUCUGCAGGAUACGGGCCGGCCAGCGAGCGCCUGCAGAUCCACACCAAGAAACCUCCCCCCAGCCAAGCCCCCACAAUCAUAGGCAGGAAGUACAGGGGCAAGCAUGUCAACGUGUCGUGGGAGGACGUGAAGACGCUCGCCAACGAGGCACCUGUGGAGCGUUACAAGGUGCUGUACAGACAACAGGGCCAGUCCAAGGGCCAGCUGUACGUCACAUACACAUCGCACAUCGAGCUUCCGCUCCACGAGGAUGGGACCUACUUGGUGGAGGUCCGGGCGGAGACGGAGGGCGGAGACGGGGCCGUGUCACAAAUCUACAUCACAGGAGGAAGCGUGAUGGCCGCCCAGACCCUCAGUGCACUCUGCCUGCUCCUGGCCUCUCUUCUCUGCCUGAACCUCUGAAUGUAGCAUCUUUAUCUUCACUUGGACGUGAAGGACAGUCUUCACGGGGCUGCAAGGACUUCUGGGACUCUUUCCACCAUCCUUUGGUUCCAGGGUUAACCCAUUCCGACUCUUCCUAAGAAGUUAGUGGAAACGGGAAAUCCCUUAUUUAUCCGCAAAAGGUCUUUUUGGAGGAACUUCAAAGUUUGAAAUCUGCCUUAUGUAAAUGUCUGCACUUAUCUUUCACAAUGACCUUUCAUUUUUCAAGCUUUUUGAUACAAAUACAUGCCACAUACUCCCAAUACUUCAAUCAGCUGUGAAAGAUAAGUGCACCCCUUUAUCAGU